CCCUCGAAGAACCCAAACAAACCAGCGGGGAGUUUGUUCCUGUUAAGGGAAAUCCGUGUUAUCUCUGAGUCCUUCCUUGAACAUUUUGUGCAUAAUGUCUAUUCCAGAUAAGUCAUGGCAGCCUCCGUAUGUUGUGCUGGAGUCAUCAAUGGGUGACGUCACUCUGGAGCUGUACUGGAAGCACUCCCCGAACACAUGCAGAAAUUUUGCAGAACUGGCAAGGAGGGGUUAUUAUAACGGUUGCAAAUUUCACCGUAUCAUCCGUGAUUUUAUGAUACAAGGCGGCGACCCAACAGGCACGGGGCGCGGGGGGGCCUCCAUCUACGGCAAGCACUUCAACGACGAAAUCCACGACGAACUCAAGCACACGGGGGCCGGCCUGCUGUCCAUGGCCAACGCGGGGCCCAACACCAACGGGUCCCAGUUCUUCGUGACCCUCGCGCCGACGCAGUGGCUGGACGGCAAGCACACCAUCUUUGGUCGUGUAUCCAGUGGAAUGCAGGUGAUAAAGAGAAUGGGCUUGGUGGAGACAGAUAAUAAUGACCGACCUGUAGAUCCCGUCAAGAUUAAGAGAGCAUAUGUCAAAAUGCAUUAAAUGUAUUGAUCAUUAAAUAACACUUUUUACUCCUUU